AUGCAGGCAAAUGCAAAAUAUUUGGCACGACUUGUUGAGGAAAUGGAAGACUUGAGAACAUUGCCAAACACCUUCCAUCUUAGGCAUGCCGUUCGUCUCGUCAAUGAAGAGAUCGCCAAAAUUCGUGAGAUUGUGGGACAAGUGGUAGAAGUUGACGACGACGGAACGGAACCAUCACCAAUACCAGAAACACCAGCACCAGGAACAGAUCAGGAAGCUACCAUGGUUAAGUUAUCAACCACAACAAGGGGGGAGAAGGUUUUUCUGCAAGAGAAAAUAUUCGUCCCAGUAAAUGAAUAUCCCAAUUAUAAUUUUGUUGGACGUAUUCUUGGUCCACGUGGGAUGACUGCAAAACAGCUUGAAGAAGAAUCUGGCUGCCGUAUCAUGAUUCGUGGACGUGGAUCAACUCGCGAGGGUGGCUCACAUCGUCAAAAUAUCCACAACGAUCACUUAAAGGAAGAGUUGCAUGUGUUAGUCCAAUGUGAAGAUUUCGAAGAAGUAGCAAAGGAAAAGAUGAAACGAGCUGUUGAAUGUAUCCGUCACAUGCUCAUUCCUCCACCAGAAGGUGAGGAUGAGUUGAAACGUAAACAGCUAAUGGAAUUAUCGAUCAUCAAUGGGACUUAUCGACCAACUAUUGCGUCGCGAAUAGCACUUCGUAAUCGUCCGCUACAAGCACCGUUCAAUUUCGGUCAUAUUAGGACAGAAAAUGUAAUCCGUAAAGUGAACAAUUUCCCGAUGUUUGCAAAUGGCGGCAGCAUUGAGGUUGACAAACCAAAAAUCGUUUUUAUUGUUGAUCCUUCAUAA